CAAGCCUUCUUCAAAAUGAUGACUUCUUCUUCCAGCCGCACCUACAUGUCUUCAGGAAUUUCUUCCCACUUUGGUGGAGGAGCCGGUCGUGUCACAGCCAUGCGUGCUGGUAGUGUGUAUGGGGGAGCAGGAGGAACCGGGGUCCGUAUCUCCAGUACCUCUGCUUCUCGUUCCUUCUCUGCUGGAGGAGGUGGUGCUGGUUUCGGUGGUGGUGCUGGUUUUGGUGGUGGUACUGGCUUCAACCUGUCUGAUGCUGUUGAUGUGUCUGCAAACGAGAAAGCCACCAUGCAAAACCUCAAUGACCGUCUGGCCUCCUACCUGGAGAAGGUGCACUCCCUUGAGAAGGCCAAUGAUGAUCUUGAGCUGAAGAUUCGCCAGUUCCUGGACAGCAAGACGGCCCCCUCUGCUCGUGACUACAGUGCCUAUUAUGCUACUAUCAGUGACCUCCAGGCCAAGAUUCAGCAUGCCACUGGUGUAAACGGAGGCAUCUACUUGAGCAUUGACAAUGCCAAGCUGGCUGCAGAUGACUUCAGGGUCAAAUAUGAGAAUGAGCUGAGCAUGAGGCAGUCUGUAGAGGCAGACAUUGCUGGCCUGAGGAGGGUGCUGGAUGAGCUGACAAUGGCCAGAUCUGACCUUGAGAUGCAGAUUGAGGGUCUAAAAGAAGAGCUGAUCUUCCUCAAGAAGAACCACGAGGAGGAACUCUUGGCAGCACGUGUCCAGGUGAGCGGACAAGUCAAUGUAGAGGUAGACGCGGCACCACAGGAAGACCUGACAAAGAUCAUGGCUGAAAUCCGUGAACACUACGAGGCAGUUGCUGCCAAGAACCGCAAAGAUCUUGAGGCCUGGUUCCAGGCUAAGAGUGAAGCAGUCAACAAGGAAGUUGCAGUGAGCACAGAAACCCUUCAAACAUCCCGAUCUGAAAUCACAGAGGUUAAACGCACACUCCAGAGUCUUGAAAUCGAGCUACAGUCCCAACUCAGCAUGAAAGCAUCACUGGAAGGCACUUUGGCAGACACACAGGCCUGCUACGCUGCCAUGUUGUCCGACUACCAGUUCCAGGUAACCAGCCUGGAAGAGCAGCUGGUGCAGCUUCGUGCCGAUCUGGAGCGCCAAGGGCAAGAGUACAGGAUGCUUCUGGACAUCAAGACCAGACUGGAGAUGGAGAUUGCAGAGUACAGAAGACUUCUGGAUGGAGAGGCUACAAGUGUCUCAACCUCAAGCUCAAGUACAUCCUCGACUACACGCAAAGUGGUAACCAUUGUGGAAGAGGUGGUGGAUGGCAAAGUUGUCAGCUCAUCCUCCCAGUCUAAAAGCGAGACUGUGUCAAAAACAUCCUAA